AUGGACAUUCCAGGCGGUAAAAAACAACAUUUUCGACACCUUCUUUACUUCGCCUUUCGCCGAGGUCAAAAAGCCACCGAAGCUGCUCGGGAUAUUUGCGCCGUGUAUGGAGAGGAUGCUAUAACUGCGAGGACUGCUCGAAAUUGGUUUGCCAAAUUCAAAAAUGGCAAUUUCGACCUGGACGACUCUCUCCGCUCUGGUCGACCUUCUGACUUCGACGAGGAUAGUCUCAAAGCGCUUUUGAAGGAAGACGGCCGUCGAUCAAGUCGGGAAUUGGCCGAGAAGAUGUACUGCGACCAAAAGGCAAUUUUGAACCAUCUUCACUCGAUGGGAUUUGCCGAAAAACAUCCUGCUUCACGACAACGCACGGCCUCACACAGCAAACAUCGUCAAAGCCGCCCUCCAAGAGCUCGAUUGGGAAGUCCUUCAGCACCCACCGUACUCUCCGGACCUUGCGCCAACAGAUUAUCACCUUUUCCGCUCGCUGUCGAACCAAAUGCGAGGUGUUACCUUCGACAACAACGAGGACCUCGAAAAUUGGCUCAACAACUUCUUCGAGUCCAGGCCCGGCGGUUUUUGGCAAAACGGUAUUAA